CCCCCAGCCGCCAGUGCGUCCGGAGCAUCACCCGCAGUGACUGCACCGACAUCAGGUCCCACAUCAACACCUCUAGGCUCCAUCCCAGUAUAUACCUGCAUCGCUGGCAGCGCUGCCACUGUUCUCCCUUGGCCAUUCUGUCUCUGGCAGAGCAGCUGCAGCCACAGCUACUACAACUAUGGCAACCGCCCCAGCUAUCGCAGCUCUGCUUCCAACUGCCAAGCCACCUGGAGAAGGCGCAGUAGUGCUAUCGUCAGCCCUGCCUCCAAUCGGAGCCAAGCUAGUACAAAAGAUCAGGUCACAGCAAUAUGUGGCAAUGAAAGAGCUACUCUCUGACAACAUGGCACUACAUAGCCAGCUCGAGGACCUACCAUCUCAGACAG